ACAUAUAGUAUAAUAAUUUUGGCAAUCCUUCUUCAUUCAAUAGUCUAAAAACAACCACAUCUGGUGAAAUACAUAGAUAACCAUACUUCAAAUUAAAAUUAUGACAAGAGGAAAAAUUGUGAUUGGAAGAAUUGAGAAUCCAGCAAGUAGGCAGGUGACAUUUUCGAAACGUAAAAGUGGGUUAGUUAAGAAAGCGAAGGAACUAACAAUCCUUUGUGAGGCUGAAGUUGGACUCGCAAUCUUUUCUAAUACUGGACGGCUCUAUGAAUAUUCAAGUUCCAGCAUGGAAUCAAUAUUUCAAAGAUAUGAUGAAGAAAAGGAACACUAUCGCUUGUUGACACCCACAAUAGAAGCCAAGUUCUGGCGAACGGAGGUAGAAAGGCUGAGACAACAAUUGGAUGAUCUUCACGAAAAUUACUGGAGAUUGAAGAGGGGAGAACUUUCUGGCAUGAAAAUAAGUGAUCUUGAUAAUCUAGAGAAUGAAAUGGAGAUGAGCUUGAAGAAUAUCCGCAUUAAAAAGGAAAAGAUGUUAACUGAUGAGAUAGAAGAAUUAAAUCAAAAGAGUGCACUUAUUGGUCAUGAAAAUGUGGAAAUGUCUAACAAGCUUACUCUCAUCCACCAACAGAAUACACUACUUCAUAACAAGGUUAAUGGAGAAACUGAGAGCAUAAAAUUAGAAGAAGGAUGUUGCAGUGUACAUACUUUAGAAAAGGAAUCAUGUGUUCCAUUACAACUAAAGGUCAAUAGAGCAGUACAAGAAUGUGAAAUUAGUUUGGGGUUAUAACUGCAGCAGCCCAUUCAAGGAUGCCAUGUUAAAGUCUUGCAUAAAGCAUGACAAAAGUUAAUGCCUCAAAUUGCAUAUUUAAAUUAUGUUGUGUUUAUAUCACUUGUUGAAAUAUGUGAAUCUUAUCCUGGGAAAGAAAAGAGUUCAUGAUUUGUAUGAUAUAUGAAUUUAACUAAAUCAUGUAUUUAGGAUAUUAAUGUAAGAAUUGUAUGUUUGAAUACAUGUAAUUAAAUUAAGUGAGAAUGAAUUGAAUUAAAUGAUGA